UGGGCGAUGAUGGAAGUGAUACGUACCUUGGAUUGGACCCAGGAAUCUCUGUGUCCAGGUCACUGCCACUUCCCUGAUCGGGAUGCGUAAUCGCUUAGCAAGGUAGACGUGGGGCAGCUCGACAUCCACGAGGGUCCGGUGGGGAACCCGGCACAGAUCCACUUGCGUGUGGUCCGGUGCAGUUAAGACUGAUUAUUCAAUAUAAUAUUAAGAUAAAUGAAAGGUCAGCUGGAAGACUGUUGGACUGCAAGGAUGAGAAAGAAACAGGCAGGCCAAUUUUCACAUUGCUGGAACUUUCCGGCGAAAUUUCGGGCGAAAUUUCAGUCCGGUUGCAGUUUGCUCAUUCCAUGGCUCCCAACGUGAGACUACAAGUAGCCGUCGGACAGCUGCGACGCGAAAUUGCUCGUACUCGGCUUACGUUUGCUCGCAUCCAACUUAAGAUAGGCGAUGGUUCGUCGUACCUAGUCCUGGAUGACGACGGAAAGAAGAAAGGUGAGGGCAUCAAAGACCAUCGAGAGAAACGCCUAGAGACUACAGGAACCAAAGCCGCACGGCGAAGGUAUUGGAUUGGAAGUAAAGGACUUCAUGGCCGGGAACUCGUGGCGGGCCCGAUCCUCCGUGAACUGCAUGACACACAUCGUGGAACAGAAGCAGCUGGUGACUCGGAUGGCAGCACCAAGGAGCCUAUACCAGGAUCUACCGGCCCUCAGCCGGUGGACGCAGACCCCCCCAGUACUGAAGGGGGGCAAUUUUCGAAAUCGUCCUCUUUGCCACCCAGGGACAGUCUUGAUUGGUUGACAAAAUCCAAAAAGAACAGGCUUGGUCAUCCUACAAGCCUGAGUGUGCAUGUGCCCAUUGCGUGGCAAGAGAUUUUGAUCACGGAACCGACCAUCUGUUAUAAGAUGGUGGCAGCAGUGGAAGGUAAGCUGGUCUCUGUGUUUGAUGGCAGGAUGCAGUUCAGCCUGGGGCGCAUAUCGUUUGCUCCAAGAGGCCUUGGUGGGUGGUCUCCCCUGGACUGCUCCUUCUUUGUAUAUGCCACAAAGACUCAGGCAAAACUCGCGAAAUUCCCAGGGCAGAGCAAACAUUUACUCGCUCCUAAGGUCAUCCUGAGCGUGCAGGUGUUUGGCCGAGGAUAUGUCAGCAUGAAGGCUCCAUACAAGAUGGCUUUCCAAUUCAUAAAACCAAUAGGGGUCCUCAGCUCCCUCUACUUAUCUUCACAGCAGCCAAGCUAAACCAUACACGGGGCAGUGGCUAUUGCUAAAAUGCAAUUGAAGGUUCAGCACGAGGCUGGAAAGGAGGGGGGGGGGGGGGGGGGGGGGGGGGGUACUUUCCCAGUUAAGCGGGGUUAGGAUGUGGGAUCAAGGGGUAUGGUUUGAAACUAAUGGUUCGGGUUUAGGGUCUAGGGUUCAGGGGUACUUACGGGGGCGGGUAGGGUUAGGACUAGGAGGUUGGCCGAGGAUAUGGGGGCUUAGGGUUCGGGGUAACCGUGCUCUCGUAAAGGGGCUAGGGGUAGGGGUUUAAUAUGCCGUUUGUGCUCACAAAAUGAAGCAAGAUAAAGUCC